AACACCCACCCAUAAAAAUCCAAUCUUUAGCCGUUUCCUCUACUCACACCCUCCCCACUCUCACACAUGUCUCACACCACAUCCCUCUCUCAUCUCAUCUCUAUUUGACUACUACUUACUGCAAAACUAGAAUGACACCUCCCCACCUCCCCCAACCAACAUGCUUCCCCACACACAAAUCCUCGACACUCUCCUCUGCGAGGAAGACCAUUUCGACACCACCGAAAACACCCUCCUUCAACACCAACAUUCCCUAAACUCCGAUUCCUUCCUCACUCCCUUCGAACAAGACGACGAACUUCGCUCACUACUGCACAAAGAGCAGCAAAACGAACCGCACCGCAGAUCCCAAACUAAACCCCAAAUCGAAGAAGUAAUUCAAUGGAUGCUCAGAGUCAUCGCCUACUAUUCCUUCUCCCCUCUCACCGCGGUUCUUGCAGUCACCUAUCUCGACAGAUUCCUCCAUCGAUACGACAGCGACAAGCCGUGGAUGUUUCAGCUCGCCGCCGUCGCUUCUCUCUCCCUCGCCUCUAAAGUGGAAGAAACUGAUGUCCCUCUUCUUCUAGACUUCCAAGUGGAGGAGCCCAUUUAUGUGUUUGAGCCCAGAAACAUUCAGAAAAUGGAGAUUCUGAUUCUGUCGACGCUUGAGUGGAAGAUGAAUCUCAUCACCCCAUUUUCGUUUCUUGAUUACAUUGCGAGAAGGCUAUUGUUGAAUGAACAUCUUUGUGGGGAGUUUCUUGCAAGGUGCCAGCGUUUGAUUCUCUCUGUUAUAGCAGACAUUAGAUUCAUGGCAUAUCUACCUUCUACAAUGGCAACAGCUACAAUGAUCCAUGUGAUCACCACCAUUGAACCCUCAAUCGAUUCGGAACACCACGAUCGAUUAUUGGGCAUUCUUGGAAUCAACAAGGACAAAGUUCAAGAUUGCUGUAUGCUAAUUCAAGAAGUGGCUACAAAUGUCAGAACCAACAAAAGAAAGUUUGGAUCUUUGCCUUGUAGCCCAAAAGGGGUGUUUGAUCUCUCAUUCAUCUCAGAUUCUUCCCCAAACGAUUCUUGGGCGGUUGCUUCGAAUUCUUCCUCAGUUUCUUCAUCGCCACAAUUGAAGAAAAUCAAGACCUCAGAUCGCCAAAGUUACUAGUAUAGUAGUAGUAGUAUUAGUAUAUUUAUUUAUAAUUAGAUAUAUUUGUUGAUUUAAUGUUUGUAUUCAGUUAAAUGCCAAUCACCCUUGCAAGAAAUUCAUAUUGUGAGCCAUGUUAAAAAAAAUUGGGCAAAGAUGGUUUGGCAUUUUAAGGGAAUGAAGGGAAUAGAAUGCAGAGAAAUUAAAUUUGUACUACUUGGUAUUUUAUUAUUUAUAUAAAGUCGA